AUGUUGAUAGCCGUUGUCCCUCGUCCCUUCCUCCCUGAGAAGGUCAUGUACCGCUACCAGUUCGUACUCUUUGGGUUGUUUAUCGAAAGAGCAAAAAUGAUAUACCAACUAGCGACAACUAGACUGGAAGUCUGUAAAGCCUUGGACGCUCUCCCUUACCUUAGUGCCUUGAGCUUCGGGUCAGGCAUUGACAAGGCUGGGGCUCUUUCACCCCUAAAAGACUACACUAAGGCCGAUCGGCUGCCGUUUCACACUGACCUCAACCCUCCGCUUGGCCCCGUUAUGGGCGCUGCAUCGUUUUGGAGACAGAGACAGAAGGUGACGACUGGCGGACGGGAGAUCCAUGUACCUUUCCCCACUCGGAAACCUGAUGCUGACCACCAAUCCCCUGAACCUCAGUCUACCUUACCUUACCUUACUCCGUACCUCCUACUGCCCAGUGACGAUGGCGGCGACGGUGGCCCUGCCAGGCGCUGGUCUACAUCAGGCACGCCGUACCUUGCCUCGCUGCUUCGCCUUGCUGGCCCAUCUACCUCAUACUCUAUGUUGGCUGAUGUUAUGUACGGAGUACAUCUCAUCUUUCAGAAGUACCGCGAGUCACUUCUCUGUAAGAGAAAGAAGAGGCCUUGGUCCAAGUACCUCCGCCUCAGAGGCAAGCAGCCAGAGGUACCUCACCUUCCUCCCCCUGCCUCGCCUCGUCUAAACUCCCGUCUCCUGUCCUGCAUCUGCUCUCUGCACUUGCUUGCUUGCGUUGCUUUGCUUGUACCGGAACACACCAAAACACUCCAGACCAAAGGUCAACCGCCAAAGGGUCCCUUUCACCAUCAAGCCUCUCAACUCACAUAUCCUCUUACUCCUCCGCUCGUGUCUCUUUUUUUCCCCCUCUCCCACUCCCACACUCCCCAUCUUCAACCACACCCCCAAACCCCCUAUCCCUUUCUCCAGGCCUCAUCAUCAUCUGGAGGAAAGGACAACGAGCUGGUUUUCGCCCACCACACAAUUCCAUCGUCCAAGAGACUGGCCAGACCAAAAGGACGCAACGCUACGCAUCCGCAUCCGCAUCGCGCAUCGCAGCAGCAGCAGCACCACCAGCAAUCGGCGGCACCAAGCAUCCACAUUGACCCAAGCCCACCGCUAAAAGCUACGCGACCACAAAACGGCUACCCGAGUGCCUGGCAAGAGAAAUCUUUCCAUCACCCCCAGCGCCCGAUUUUCGUCCACGUCCACCCCUUUUGCAACCGACCGACUGGCUGGCCUGGCGUACCUUGUAAUACCUGGAAACACGCACAAACACGACCUUUCAACUCUUUCAACCCUUCGACGAACAUUCCUUACCGCACAAAGGCCCCAACGACCACACCAUUCUUCUUUCGCGCGCCUCUGCUCUGCUCUGCUCUACGCCUACCAUUGUUGCUCUGCCCACCGAAAUUGGACAGCCCGACAGCAGCAGCUCCGGACCCUCCGCUCAAUACUCGCCCGGAAGAGACGCUGGGAACUGACGCAGCACCGUGCCGUCACCCUCCCUCGAAACCCCCGACUGUGGAAUACGAGACGUUACGGUCUCGAAGCUGUCCACAAUUCAUUGGGUCCAUUUCUCCCCCGCGCCUGUCAACCGUCGACCGGGAGAGCAUUGCUCAAUUCGUCAACGACAGCAACCCGCUGGGAAAAUUCUAG